UUUUUGCUGCUGUUGCUGUGAAACCUCUUCAUUCGCUGUUAGUCCUGUAACUGCAUUUGUCACAGAGGGAAAGGGGAAAAAUGCAAAUUAUGACAACAACAUUCUCAGCCUAUUGUUUGUUGUUUCUUUGCCUGCAACACAGAGAUGACAUUCGCAGCGCUAGUGAAGGUGGCUCAACCCUCAAAGCGAAAAUGUAAAAUGUGACCCAGGGAUGUCCUCGUAUGUGCGGUAUCCUGACAGUGACUGGUAGACGCUGCUUUCACCAGAGAAAUAACAACAUACAAGGUUUGUUCUUCACAGUGAAUGUUACACCUUUUACUGGAGAGGAUUUCUCUGCCUGCUCCCAGGAGUCAGAGGUAAUUUAGAAAUGCUAGAAAAAUGGGAACAACGAGUAAUGAAUCGUGGAGAAUUAUAACAAAAAGCUUUUGAGUUUGAAAGUAACAUCACAGGAAGAAUGCACAAAUAAACAUUUGCAUAGCAGAGAACCUUUCCUGGCCCGGGGAUGUUCAACCAGAACAGUAUGGGCAAUGGAACUAUUCGAGCCCCAAAAAGGGAGGACAGUUGCCUCUUUUCCAGAAGGCGUGAGCACUCCUCGGGGGCUUUUAGCAAGUUACAAGAGACAGUGUUACUUCUGGAAGAGGAACUGAAGCAGAGAUGGAAAGAGCUCCAAGAAAAGGAUGAAAGAAUCGUGCAGCUGGAGAAGGAACUGGAAAUUAAAGUUAUCCAGAUAGACAAACUUCAGGAUGCUCUUGGGCAAAAUGUAAAUCAAACGUCCCCAAAGGGCAGUCAAAAAAAGAAGCUUCUUAGUGUUAUAAACCAAGGGCCUUCUCAGAACAAUGAGAAAGCAGAAGAGGCCCACAGGCGUCAGAAAGCCAAGGAAGGAGUGUCAGCAGAGCCAACUUCACGACAUUACUACAACCCUUCUUCUAAGAAUCCUGAUGUCACAACUGUGAGGAAAGAUUCCAGUGCCAAGAAGCUAAUCACGAGUGCCAUUAUGAGUAAUGACUUUUUAAGGCAGCUUGAGGCUUCACAUGUCAGGUGUAUGGUGGACUGUAUGUAUGAAAGAGUAUAUAGUAAGUCACAGCUUGUUAUUCAAGAGGGGGCAGCUGGAAACCAUCUCUAUGUAUUGGCAGAUGGUUUGCUUGAUGUUAUUCAAAACAGCAGGUUGCUUGGCCAGAUGCAUCCUGGGACUGCUUUUGGAGAACUGGCAAUUCUAUAUAACUGUAAAAGGACUGCUACUGUGAAAGCUGUGACUGAUUCAAAAAUCUGGGUCCUGGACAGGCAGGUUUUCCAGAACAUUAUGAUGAGUUCAGCUCAGGCCCAGCACCAAGAGUACUUCAGCUUCCUUCGCAGUGUUUCUCUUUUAAAAGACUUGCCUGAAGAAAAGUUAUCCAAGAUUGUGGACUGCCUGGAAGUUGAUUUUUAUGACAAAGGAGAUUAUAUCAUCCGAGAAGGUGAAGAGGGUAACACUUUUUUCAUUCUUGCCAAAGGAAAGGUGUGUGUUACACAAGCAGUGGAAGGAUCUCAGGAACCACAAGAAAUUAAGACUUUGGGAGUUGGAGACUAUUUUGGAGAGAAAGCAUUGAUUAGUGAGGAUGUUCGUUCUGCCAACAUCAUUGCUGAAGAGGAUGACACGCAGUGCCUUGUCAUUGACAGAGAUACCUUCAAUCAGAUGGUUGGAACUUACCAAGAGCUACAGACUUACCUCCGGGAGUAUGUUUACCAGCUUGCACUCAAUGACCACGACAGAAGGAAUGCUAGGAGAAAAAGCUUACAUCAUUCAAUGUCCCGAGAUAAUUCAGAGGUCAACCAGCUGAGAGAACUAGUUUCUAAAUUCUCCAGCACAUCACCCUUUCGAUAUUUAGAUGUCAUCACUACUCUUGGAACAGGAGGAUUUGGACGUGUUGAGCUGGUGAAACUCAAAGAUGAAGAUAUGACUUUUGCACUGAAGUGCAUUAAAAAGAAGCAUAUUGUAGAUACACAUCAGCAAGAACAUGUAUACUGGGAGAAAAACAUUUUACAGCAAAUCAACUGUCCCUUCAUCAUCAGGCUCUACAGGACUUUCAGGGAUGCCAAAUAUGUCUACAUGCUUCUGGAGGUGUGUCUGGGAGGUGAACUCUGGAGCAUUUUGCGAGACACUGGUCCAUUUGAGGAAGGAACAGCAAGAUUCUGCACUGGCUGUGUUCUUGAGGCUUUUGAUUACUUGCACAAUCGAGGCAUUGUCUACAGAGACCUUAAGCCUGAAAAUCUUCUUCUUGAUUCUGAAGGAUAUAUAAAAAUGGUGGACUUUGGGUUUGCUAAAAAGAUUGGACCAGGGAAGAAGACUUGGACAUUCUGUGGAACCCCUGAAUAUGUGGCUCCGGAAAUAAUUAUGAACAGAGGACAUGACUUUGGUGCAGAUUACUGGUCACUUGGAAUACUCAUCUAUGAAUUACUAACAGGAAGCCCACCCUUCUCUGGAACAGACCCAAUCAAAAUUUAUAACAUGGUGUUGAAAGGUAUUGAGAAAGUAGACUUCCCUCACCGUAUUGGAAGACGCUCUGAAGAUGUCAUCAGAAGGCUUUGCAGGAUAAACCCUGCAGAAAGAUUAGGAAAUCGUAAAAAUGGCAUCAGUGAUAUUCGAAAGCACAAGUAUAUGGUAUCAAGGAUUUAACUGGGAAGGACUUCGUAACCGAAAGCUGCUAUCUCCGUUAAAACGAGAGAUCAAGGGAAUCACAGAUCACAGCUAUUUUGACAAUUUCCUCCCUGAAUCCGAAGACCCGCCAGAUGAGCUAUCGGGCUGGGACAAAAAUUUCUAACAUUUUUUGGUCCUCUUACUAUAUUGCUGCUAUGUCACUGCUGAUUACAAUCUGACAUCUUUAUCUGAGAUCUCUGGACAAAACCAAAUCCCAACAGCAAACCCAGCAUUUAAAGAUUCCAGCAAGGCAUUAAUUUUUCAUAUAACACACAAAUCUUUUAGAUGAUUAUUAUUUCCUUUAAUAAUUUGCCAAACAGUUGAAAAUGUGUUAUGGAUCUGACAGUGGAACAGAAAGACACAUUCAUUGUCUUCUUCUGUUACGAAUGUCCAGUGCUGACUCAGAAGAUGCAAAAUUAUCUUAAUGGCAACCAUUUUGUAUAAUUUGGUAAGGACAUAUUCUCAGGAGCUCUUUUAUUCUCACCCAUAGAGAUGAGUAAUGUUAAAGCAAAACUUAAUGGGUUCUUCUGCUAUAAGAUUAAGUGUAUUUUAAGUUAUUAAGAAAGAAUUAAACAAAACACCUAUAAGAUCUGAUGAAUGUAAUGUAUGUGAAACAUUUGCUGAAGCAAAAAAAGCAGAUUACUUUCGUGAGGCUCUUUUGUAACAAAAGGAAGAUCAUUUUUCUUGAUAGGUGUUUUGCACUUCCCUAAAGAGGAAAUUUUAUAGAUGUACCUCAGUGUCUGUUUCUUUCAUUGCACAAAACUGAUAUGUUAAAGAGCAUAUUAGUGUUCACACUGUACAAUGUUCCACCCCUAUAAUAUAAAAUGCCCAAAUGCAGAACAGCAUUAGCGUAGAGCAUAAAGAACUAUUAUAUCUGGAGAUUCCAAGUUAAUAGCUUUCCUGGGCUUCCAUACCUCCAUUGCAUUUGAUAUGUGCCUUUUAGACUAGGUUUCCAAAACAAACAGGGCAGUAGGGUGAAUGAUGACAGAAGCAGAUGAACAGUUAUUUGGGGCAAAAAGAGUUAGAAGAUAAUUGUGUUUUUUUUUUUCUUUCAAAUUCUUUACUACAUAUAGCUAUAGCUCAUUCUGGGAGUCCUUAAACAAACCAAAACAAACUAAAGGCAUAUGUUACUGUUGAUUACAAUCUGACAUUUUAGGCUUUACAAUUAUUACAAUUCGCUUCAACCUGUUUUGCCCUUUGCUUCUUUGGACAUGUAACCUGGUUUGACAUUUCCUCUUCUGCCUUCAUCCUACUUCAUAUUCCAAUGACACAUACAUGCACAUAUCCAUCUGUGCAUGAUCUGUGCCUUUGGUGGACUAGCAGGGUGGAAAGGAAUGGAGACUUUCAUCCAGGAUUGCAUGUGAUUUCUGAAGAUACAAAGCACAAGGGCAAUAUUUUAUAAAAGCUGCAACAUGUGGCCCAAAUUUCACAAGUUAACUGUCCUCAAAAGGGUGGUUCACCUUUCAGUUAACUUUUAGGGGGUUAUUUAUCAAAGGUUGAGUUGUGUUUUUCCUGAAAAAUUCAAGUUUUCAAGGGUAGUAUCGGUAAAAAAAAAUUUUGGGUUAAAAAAAAA